AUGUUUAGAUCGGUGGCUUCAGGAUGUUUCAGAUGGGGUCAUAGUAGUAGAAGGAUGGUGUCUACAUUCUAUGAGAUGUUUCCUAAGAGUUUUCCCGGGGGAGAGCCAUCAUUCAAUGUAGAUCAAUCACAGUUACGGAAAGAAUAUAGGGUAUUACAAUCACAAUUCCACCCAGAUAUGGUAGCUGGGAACGGUGAUGGUGCCGACAUGGACUCGUCUGUGGUGAAUAAGGCGUAUCAUGUGUUGAAAGAGCCGUUGAGUAGGUCACAGUAUAUGAUUAAGAUAAAUAAAGGUAUAGAUUUGACGGAGGAUGGUCAAAAAUUAGAAGUUGGUCCGUCGAUAUUAAUGGAGGUGAUUGAGAUUAAUGAGCGACUUGCUGAUGACUCGAUAAGUAAUGACGAAAUUGCUAGGAUUAAGCAGGAGAAUGAUGAUAGGAUGGAUGCGAUUGUAAACAAAUUGAGGGAUUGUUUCGAACAGGAGGAUUAUUCUACUGCCGUUGAAUUGACAAUGGAAUUGAAAUAUUGGACUAAUUUAUCAAAUACAAUUAAAAAUAUAUAG